AUGACUGCGCUUUCCAUCGCUUUCCGUACUAGUCGUAUUAGUAGUGCGCCUAUCCGAGUCGGUAUCCGGGCUUUCUCAUCUACCGUCAAAGCGUCCAAGAUGAAAGUCGUACCUGUUCUUGUUAGCGCAGAUAAUUAUGCGUAUCUCCUCAUCGACGAGCCGACCGGGAAGGCGGCAGUAGUGGAUGUAUUAGACGUAGAAAAGGUACAGGCUGUAGCGGACAAGGAGGGCGUGAGCAUCGUCGCUGGCAUCACCACACAUCACCAUCAAGAUCACAGCGGUGGAAACAAGGCAUACACUGGUGCGCAACGUGCCCCGUUGAUCUAUACGAUUGAUAUUGUAAAGUUCACCCUCAUUCCAUUCAAGGUUUCUACGUAUCCUAGUAUCCCUGUUUAUGGAGGCUUUGAUGUGCCUGCUAAAACUGAUCUUGUUGAGGAUGGUGGCGAGUUUACUGUUGGUGAUAAUAUACACGUUCGGUGCUUGGCGACUCCUUGCCAUACCAAGGAUUCUAUUUGCUUUCAUGUAACGGACACAUCCAACAAGUCUCAGUCUGGUGGUGUGUUCACUGGGGACACCCUCUUCUUAGGCGGGUGUGGCCGUUUCUUCGAAGGCACGGCAGAACAGAUGCACACCUCCCUUUCCAAACUAGCGACGCUCCCGGACAACACGGUCGUAUACAACGGUCACGAAUAUACAGCUGGCAACGUUGCAUUCGCCAAGACUAUCGAGCCCGACAACCCAGCUAUCGGCCGGCUUUUCAAGCUUGCACAGGAAAACAAGGUUACCACUGGUUUGUCGACUAUUGGUGAUGAAAAGGAGUGGAAUGUGUUUAUGCGUUUGGAUAAAGAUGCGAUAAAGCGGGUUACUGGUGCAGAGGAACCCGGUGCUGUUAUGAACAAGUUGCGUGAGCUGAAGAACAACUUUAGGGGGUGAGGAGGUACGUUUCUGCGAUUUCAGUUGACUGAGAAAUGGGGUUAGAGCAAGGCUUUAGUGCGGGUAGUAAGAACAGCAACUAGUGUUCAUUAAUUAUCUGGCUAAGGGAACGAAUUCUACAAAUGUAUUGAUUAAGAUCAUAUAGCAUUGCAAAGCAGCAGCACAUCAGGCCUCAGGCACUAUCCAUCAUGAUCUUGUAAACAUACAUGUCAUCAAAUUAAUUCAUUCCGACGAGUUUGAGCACAGCUGAUCGGGCGUAUGGGAUGUACGAUAGGUUGUACCAGGUGUAGGCAAGGUAUUCGACAAUGACGAAAACUGAUGAGAUCAAAACAUCAGGGGUCGGCAAGUUCCAGAGUUCUAGGGCUUACCGAUGCAUAGUAU